CCUAAUACCUCUAAGCUUCACGCAUUAUACUCUCUUCUUUCUCUCACACACACUAACAGAAAAAGGAAAAGAUAGAACAACACAAUUUCUUCUAUUCUAAAGUUGUAUUCAUAGUACUUGAAGCGAAAUAAAGAGGGAGUUGGUUCAAGAGGACGUAACAAAUAAGGAACGCGUUAGGAAGCUACCUAAUAUUUUCUUUUCUAGUGCAAUUUUGAAUCGCCUUUGUUACUUUCCGCAAAGUGACAGUAGCAGCUUUUUCUUCUCUUAAACUCUUUCUGAAAAAAGGAUCUCUAUUAUUGAUGAAUAUUGCAUUACCAGAAAUGCUACAUAACAUCACUAGCAAUGGAAGCUCAGAAUUGAGCGUGCUUGAUAGAACGAAAUGGCAGGUGCAGCAACAAGAGAUGAGUUAUUUUAAUGGACAAAAUGAUCAACUCAUGAAUUCUUUUCAUCAAACGGCUGAAGCUCAACAAUUUCAUGGUCUGAUCAAUGUAAACGAUCAGAGUCUUAAUGAGCUUGUGACUCGGGCAAUAAAGCCAGACCCCUGUAUGGAGAACAGUUGGGGUGGUUUUGGGACCACUGGUACUAAUGGUUUUGAUUAUGUUCCAGUUGGAGUUGGACACGGAGGAAUGUCACACCCAUCUGAAAUGAACUAUGCUAUUUCAAGAACUACAAGUUGCCCGCCUACCAUGGCGGACAAUGUUGUUAAACCCAAAGACACUAGGCUGAGUUCUAACAGAGGCAGAGAGAGCUUCAAGAAAAGGAAAGCAGAUAAGAAUCAGCAUCUCAAGGAGGUUGCAGAAGAGGAAACCAAAGACAAGAAAUUGAAAGAAUGCAUCGAAGAGGAGGAUGAUUCUUCCAAGGUAACAACAGAGAAAAAAAGCAACAAAAGGAGUGCGACUAACAGUAGCAACAGUAAGGAAAAUUCUGAUACUUCAAAGGAGAAGUCCAAAAUUACCGAUGAUAAAAAGCUCGACUAUAUACAUGUCAGAGCACGUCGAGGUCAAGCCACUGAUAGUCACAGUUUGGCUGAAAGAGUAAGAAGGGAAAAGAUCAGUGAGAGAAUGAGAUUCCUGCAAGAUUUAGUACCAGGUUGUAACAAGAUAACAGGGAAAGCAGGAAUGCUAGAUGAAAUAAUCAACUACGUCCAAUCUCUCCAAAGACAAGUAGAGUUCCUAUCCAUGAAACUAGCUGCUGUUAAUCCAAGGCUUGAUAUCGAUGCAGACAAUUUCUUCAACAAAGAUAUAUUUGCAACUAGCACGUCUACUUUUUCCGCAGUGGGAGCUGGAACAUCAUCUGAAAUGCUUAGUAUGGCCCAACGCCAGUUCAAUUCAUUGCAGCAAAUAAUGUCAAGUUCUGGAUUAGAAAUGGGUAUUGUAAAUCUAAACGAAAUGGCACUACGUAGAACCACUAGCGCUCCUGUACCAAUUCCUGAAAUGUUUCUCGACUCAUCAAGUAUCAAUCAAGUUCAGAGCUUUCAAACUUGGAACACUGAUUUAGAUAACAUGUAUGCAAUGGAGCUUCAACAAGGAAGAUCAGCACAGUUUCUUCCCCAUCCGUGUACAGUUGUAUCUGGGCAAUUAGCGUGCUCUUCAACUAUUCCACGAGUAUCCACCAAUUACUAUCACCCACAUAUCGGGUAAUUACUAACCAACAAGUCGUACGCAUAUUGAAAGAAAUCAGUAAGUGUUCUUUCUGCCUGUACUGAAUUUGAACCUUUGUCCACACUUAAAGGGACCUAUGGCCCUUAUCAAUCUGAAAUUUAACACCAACACCAGAAUAAUCGCAGUUAGGCUUUUGUUCAAGUAUUGAAGUUUAAAAAUGACCACUGUGCAGGUUUUGCUGAAGCUGGACAUGACCUGAAGAUGGAAAUGUGACCUUAUAAUUCUAGACAUAUUCAAGAUCCUUGAUAUGACUUCACCUCAGAUGUCAUGGAUCCUGAUUCUUUUUUUCCAAGUACAUAACAUAGUAUAUUAUGUAAGUAAAUGUUGCAGUUCAAGAGUAUCAAAGCAAUACUAUGACACUGUUCAUUGGAAAUCAUAUCUUCUCUAUCACAGUUGAUCAAAACACAAUUGCAGCCAAUAGAAUAAAGAAGCUAGAAAAGAAGUUUAAAAUUUUGGAAAAUUGUAUAUACAUAAAUCUAAUUUCCAUCUAUAUAUAUUAUAUAUAGAGGCACACAAAAUCAAUUCCUGGAGAUGUAAAUGAAAGAAACUGCAUCAGAACAGAAGCGCAAAAUUUGUUCCUUUUU